GUGUACAUGUUCCUGGUGAAGUGGCAUGACUUGUCUGAGAAGGUGGUCUACCGGCGGUUCACCGAGAUCUAUGAAUUCCAUAAAGCCUUAAAGGAAUUGUUCCCUAUUGAGGCCGGGGACAUCAACUCAGAGAACAGGAUCAUCCCCCACCUGCCAGCACCCAGGUGGUUUGACGGGCAGCGGGCAGCCGAGAACCGCCAGAGCACGCUCACCGAGUACUGCAAUGCCCUCAUGGGCCUGCCCGUCAAGAUCUCCCGCUGCCCACACCUCCUCGACUUCUUCAAGGUGCGCCCCGACGACCUCAAGCUCCCCACGGACAACCAGGUGAAAAAGCCAGAGACCUACCUGGUGCCUAAAGAUGGCAAGACUAUCGCUGCCGACAUCACAGGCCCCAUCAUCCUGCAGACGUACCGGGCCAUUGCUGAAUACGAGAAGAGCUCUGGCACCGAGAUGGCUCUGGCCACGGGCGACGUGGUGGAAGUUGUGGAGAAGAGCGAGAGCGGCUGGUGGUUCUGCCAAAUGAAGACAAAGCGAGGCUGGGUCCCAGCCUCCUACUUGGAGCCCCUGGACAGUCCCGAUGAGGCAGAGGACCCAGAGCCCAACUAUGCAGGUGAACCCUACGUCACCAUCAAAGACUACACUGCUAUAUUGGAGGAUGAGAUCUCCCUCCAGGAGGGUGAAACCAUCGAGGUCAUUCAUAAGCUCUUGGACGGCUGGUGGGUCAUCAGGAAAGACGACGUCACAGGCUACUUUCCGUCCAUUUACCUGCAGAAGGCGGGGCAGGACGUAGCACAGGCCCGACGCCAGAUCAAGAACCGAGGGGCGCCGCCCCGCAGGUCGUCCAUCCGCAACGCGCACAGCAUCCACCAGCGAUCCCGAAGGCGCCUCAGCCAGGAGAACUACCGGCGCAACAGCGUGGUGGUGGUGUGCUGGCCCCAAAACAACAUGCUGGUGUGGAGGACCCUGGUGCUGGACGUGCCUGAGGUCAGGAAGCCUCUGCCAUCCACAGGGGAACUGACUAGAAGCCACCGGGUGGGCAUGAAAUAG